CUUGAUAAAGAAGAAUUGAAUUUCUGGGUUGAAUUUAUUCAAAAAUAUAUGACGCCGGAAAUCAAGACUGUAGAGGAAGAAGCACAGGUUGCUAAAGAUUUAGGAACACUGCGAAACAAAGUCUGUCUAUUUUUCUUCUUAUUGAAUGCACUGUUCAUUACCAUUAUUUUCAUUCUGGAAAGUGUUUCCCGCUAUUCUCCAGGACUAUCAAUUAGACUUCCUUGUGACACUGGUGGUGCAGGGCAAAAAAUCGAACCCAUCUCCAUCGCCUUUACUCUAAUUUUUGGUAUCUUACUACUGCUGCAAUUUAUAUGUAUGCUCUUUCACCGAGUGUCAACUCUUAUACACAUAGCUUCAACAACUAAUAUCCAGUUCAAG